CUUCGAUGAAAUCACGAUCAAUGUCGGUACAAAAAUAGUUCCAGUAGUGGUGUGAAGGGGAGUAGUAGGUUCAAUAGGAACCCAAAAAAAUGGACACCUACUAUGAGAAUAUUCAUCUUUUUGAACGGUUGAAACUCUCGAAUAUUCAUAUAAAUUAACAUAUUUGUCUAUAUAAAGCUCCAUUUUACUCCAGUAUCUCCUCGAUGGGAGAGAAUUUCACCAGUGAAUCGCACUCCACACAGUAGGGUUUAAACAAUGCGCUUGCAGAAGCCUUCAAGUACGUUUGUGGCAAACAAGCAGAAGAUCGUUUGUUCGAAGGAGCUAAACUUACAAUUGAAAGCGUCGGUACUGCUCGAGACAAAGUGUUAACUCGAAGUGUGGUGAAAGCGAAGCAAAUUUCUUGAUUUUACUCCCCAUUAUUUGCGGAUUUCCUUCACAGCAGUAGAUGAGUGAAUAAAUACUAGAGCCAAAAAUGGGCUUCAUCGCAGUGACAACAAGAAUACUCAUAUUUAUGAUCGCAGUAACAGUAUUGCCGGGAUUACCUCCCUAUCCAACGUUCCCAUCUAGGCCGUUCAGCGUAAAACCAGCGCGCGACCUUGAGGGAGUGCUAGCGCUCAACCAGUUGUUGAACAAUGCCGAACACCUGCUGGAGAAUAAACUUAUUGCACCGGAAAGCAUACUCGUACGAGGUAACGCCACUUUCGUUUCAACCUAUGGUGGUAAAAUAAUUGAAAUCACAAAUAACGAUCAGCUUCGGAUCGUGGCGAAGUUCGGGAAACCAUGCCGUAGUAGCUAUGACGAGCGUGAGUGUGGCCGACCCCUGGGGAUGGCUUUCGACACACAAGGAAACAACCUCAUCGUGGCGGAACCGUAUUCUGGCAUUUGGCAGAUUCAGAUCAAAACCGGUGCAAAAAUGCUACUUGUCUCCGAAAACACGAUCAUUGAUGGAGGGAAAGUUUCGAGACCCUUGAAGACACCUAACGGGGUGGCGGUGGACAAAAAUGGGGAUAUCUUUUGGUCGGAUACUGUAUCAGAUGUUACCUUUGAUAAUGCUUUGAUUGGACUGCUGAUGAAUCCGUCUGGAAGAUUGUUGCAACACAAUCGUUCCACCGGUAAAAGCCGCGUGCUGAUCGAUGAGGUGUAUGGUGCAAACGGAGUUGCGCUAAGCAAAGACGAAGGUUUCGUUUUGGUUGGUGAACUGGGUGGGCAGCAAAUUCGGCGGUAUUAUUUGAAAGGCCCGAAAGCUGGUACGGAUGACAUCUUCAUCGACGGUCUGCCAGGGGCCGUUGAUAACUUAGUGAGCGAUGAGAGCGGAGUAUGGGUAGCACUUGCGAUUGCCGUGGAUAAGCAAAACCCAUCUCCGCUAGCGUUGUUGGCACCAUACCCAAAUGUUCGAAGGUUUUGUGUUCGGAUGAUGACCAUAUUGGAUUUGUCGUUUGAGUUCAUCUAUGAAAAAACCGGUAGCUUACUGGCACUGCGGAUUUCCAAUUUCAUUGGUAAUCUGUCCAGUCUGAAGGCCUUCAUCUCUGAUCGUGGAAGUAUUCUACGACUGGAUUGGGAGGGCAAUAUAGUGGCGGCGUUGUUCAGCGACGAUGGCUCGGCAAAUCUAAUUUCGCACGCUGUUCAGAGUGGAGACUAUCUUUUGCUCGGGUCACCGAUUCAUCCUUGGAUGGGACGAGUUCGAUUGAGUCAAGAGGUGCUGCAGAUAGUGUCAACAGGUAGUAAAAAUAUGGGAAAGCUGAAGCCGGAAGUGAUCGUUGAUACGAAGAAGCAAAAGUUGAUAUCCAAGCAAGAGCUGUAAUGAAUUAUAGGCAAUUGUGAAUGGGUUGGUUUGGAUGUAUAGUUAUAAAAAGAUCGGCAGUAUGAAAAAGUGUAUCUGAAAGAUUUGUAAGAAAUUUAAUUCACAUCGUAAAUCCUUCAUUUUCCAGGGCUAUUCGUUGUGAACUGGGAUGCAUUUCAUGGGCUUAUUAUGGGGGUUUUCUAGAGUAGAGGCACGAAUUUUGGACGUUUUUUAGCUCUGAACAAAUAAAAUAAAUAAUAUUUUUCUAUCGUU